AUUUAAUUUUUUAUGUUUUAGAAAAUAAAAGCGUAUAGCCCUAUUUUUUCAGAAGAAAUAUUCGGAACAUGGACAAACGUCUCAAACAUUCCGUUUCCGAUGAAGAAGAAUCUGCAUACGUAAACUGGAUAAAUAAACUAUUGAAGUCCGAUCCUGACUUGAAAUUUAUGAUGCCCUUAGAAACUGGAAAGUUUUUUCCCAAACUCCAAGAUGGGAUAUUGCUUUGCAAACUCGUGAACACUGUUCAAGCAAACACUAUUGACGAAAGGACUUUGAAUAUGCGAGAAAAUGAUAAAGAUCUUAGUAUUUUCAAGAAGCACGAAAAUUUAAACUUGGCCGUCAACUCCGCUCGGGCUAUUGGAGUGAAUACUACCAAUAUUCAUGCAGAAGAUAUUCUGAAAGAAAGGCCUCAUCUAAUUUUAAGCUUUUUAAGGCAACUCAUUAUAUUAGGGCUUUUCGCUAGGUUGGACCUUAAAUCUCACCCAGGUUUACAGAUAUUAUUGAAGCAUAUGGAAGAACUGUCCGAUUUCAUGAAGAUGGCUCCGGAGAAAAUUCUGAUGAGAUGGGUUAAUUUCCAGUUGGCAGAAGCAAAAUGCACGAGAAGAAUGAAAAAUUUUACUAAAGACCUUCAAGAUUGCGAAAUAUUUUCUACGCUUAUCAAACAGAUAGCUCCACGAGAUCUGGCCAUAUCAAUGGAUGCUAUGAAUGAACCAAAUCUAACUAAAAGAGCUGAUAUAAUGCUGGAUCAAGCCAACAAAUUGGGUUGUCGAGAUUUCAUAACAUCCCGAGAUGUUAGUACAGGGAACUACAAGCUCUGUUUGGCAUUUAUAGCUAAUUUAUUUAACAAUCAUCCGUCGUUGCCGAUAGAUAUUUUAGAACCCCCCGAGGAAAAGAUGGAAGAGACAAGGGAAGAAAAAACUUUAAGGAACUGGAUGAAUUCGCUGGGAGUUCAACCGAGAGUCAAAUAUUUGUAUCCCGACUUGCAGGAUGGAUUAGUUUUGUGUCAAUUGCUGGAUAAGAUGCAACCUAAAAGUGUAAAUUGGGCUAAAGUGCGAAAAACAUUCAAAAAAGCUACAGCCACUAUAGAAAAGAAGGACAAUUGUGUACAAGUUGUCGAAGUCGCUAAAAACUUUGGCGUUUCACUGGUUGGAAUAGGGGGAACCGAUAUUUAUGAUAUGAAACAAAACGCAGUUUUAUCCUUGCUCUACCAACUACUACAUAAGCAAACAAUGAGUAUAUUGCUCAAGUUAAAGCCAGGUGGGAAGAUUCAGGAUAAGGACAUCUUACAAUGGGCCAUCACAAAAAUGACAACCCUCAAUAAGAAAAGACUCUUCAAAAGUUUUCAAGACCAUAAUUUGGCUGACGGAAUCGCUAUAUUAGAAUUGCUCGAUUGCAUCAAACCGGGAAGAGUUUGUUGGGGAUUGGUCAAAGGUUACACUGACACUGGUAUUCCGGACCCUGAACUCACGGAAGAAGAUCGUCUAUCUAAUAUAGGUUAUGCUAUUUCGUUGUCGCGAAAAUUGGGUGCAGUAAUCAUUGCAUUGCCUGAGGACGUUAUGGAACUGAAACCUAAAAUGAUGAUGACAAUAUUUGCAUCGCUCAUGACCCUUGAAUUAAUUAUUGCCAUUCCAGAAGUUGAAACUGAGGAGGCUGCAAUAACAACGAGAAAAAGUAAAAAGGCAGGUGCAUCUCCAGUUCCAAAUAAAUUAAGCCCUGAAAUAGAGGAAGUAGAAGAGGUUGAAGUUGAACUAGAGGAUGAGGAUGUAUAAUAGUAGCAAUUGUUUAUAGA